AUUUUGUUGAACAAUUCAAAAAAGGCAAUUACUAGUAUACAUCUUUUUGUUCAUCAUCUCUACCAAAAAACAAAAAGAAAGCGCAAUACAAAGAACCAGCCAUGGAGAAUAUACAGCACAAAAAUCUCUCUGUAAACGGCAUAAAUAUGCACAUAGCUGAAAUUGGUGAAGGACCAUCAACAAUACUAUUCCUUCAUGGUUUCCCUGAACUCUGGUAUUCAUGGCGUCACCAACUGAUUUCACUUUCAUCCAAAGGUUACCGCGCAAUAGCUCCAGAUCUACGUGGUUAUGGCGAUACAGAUUCUCCCCCUUCUCCUUCUAGCUAUACCGUUUUUCAUAUUGUUGGUGACCUUAUUGCCCUUCUAGAUGCUCUGGGUCUCGAUCAGGUGUUCCUUGUUGGACAUGAUUGGGGUGCUGUUAUAGCUUGGCAUGUAUGCCUUUUGCGACCUGAUAGGAUCAAAGCACUGGUUAAUAUGAGCGUUGUCUUCCACCCCAGGAACCCCAAGAGAAAGCCUAUUGAAUCUAUGCGUGCUCUCCUCGGGGAUGAUUACUAUAUUUGCAGAUUUCAGGAAUAUGGAGAGGCAGAAGAGGAGUUUGCUCGUGUUGAUACCGCUAGACUAAUUGCGAAAUUUUUAACAUCACGCAAUCCAGCUCCUCUUUGUGUGCCUAAAGAGAAAGGAUUUGGGGGUUCACCUCAUACUCCCAUUACAUUGCCAUCUUGGUUGUCAGAAGAGGAUGUCAACUACUAUGCCAACAAGUUCAGACAGUCAGGUUUUACUGGUGGAUUAAACUACUAUCGAGCUAUGGACCUAAACUGGGAGUUGACAGCGCCAUGGACCGGUGUACAAAUUAAGGUCCCUGUUAAGUUCAUCGUAGGGGAUGUGGACCUAACUUACAAUACACCUGGUGUUAAGGAAUAUAUCCACAAAGGUGGGUUCCAAAAAAUGGUGCCAUUCUUGCAAGAAGUAGUUAUCAUGGAAGGAGUUGCACACUUCAUCAACCAAGAAAGACCAGAAGAAAUUAAUGACCACAUAUAUGACUUUUUUCAAAAGUUCUAAGUGUUUUGAUUCGGAUCUGUUCUGCCUUGUGCUGUGAUUGCAUUGAACUGAUUUUGUAAAGGGAGUUUCGGGUAUAUGUUGGAAUUCUGGAAAACUGCAGCAGCGUUUCCAAAUAUGAAAUCGACUGUGCCAUAAAUGUCACAUUCUCUGUAAAAUUGUCUGAGUGAAUGUACAUAUAAUGUGUCUUGGUACCCAUGGAAGCUGCAGCUAUAAAAUGUGGAUAAAUCUGCACCAUUUCUAACUGCAACUGCUUGGUGAUUUAUUGCUCCUGCUGUGUUUUGGAAUGUUAUGUUAACUGCAACAAAUCCUUGACCAACCACAGCUGUUGAUAAAGAAGAAACAUGUUAAGAAAUAUGGAUCUAAGUUUCCUUUGGUUUCUCACCCGUUGUCUAGUAUGACAAUACCCCUUUCAGGCCCCGACUAAUCUAGAUAUGGCUGCGUAAAUAGCAUUGAAGGAAAGGUGGGGUUAAGGUUUGCAUAACUCAACCUCUCUUGAGCCACUUGUAGGUAUGUAUUGGGUAUAUUGUUAUUGUUGUUUGUAUCAUUCGAAUCUGAGACCUGUGGUGAAGGGAUCUUAUGCAUCCCACGACAAUCCUUUGUAUGGACUUCAGUCGUAUGUAGUAUAUAGGAGUGAAUUUUAACACAUCAUAACAGUUAAUUACUCCUUUCGUCCAUCUUUACUUGUCCACCAUAUUAUUUUGGGAUGUUAACAAUACUUGUGAAGUUCAUAAAAGCAAUGAAUAGUUUACCACGUUA